GGAAAAGCUCUAAACGAAUAAAACUCAAAGAUGGCCGACUUCUUCAUUUUAAAUUCAUUUAAAACCAGCACAACGAUUAGCUGCAAACAGCAACCAAAGGAUCUAAAUGAUCCCAAGGAUCAGCCUCUACAGCCCAAGGAGCAGGCGGUGGCCAUCCAUUAUCUGGCCAGCUUCCAUCAGAUCUGUGUGGUCACCGCUCUGCUGCCACUGGUGACGCUCUUCACGUGCUUCGUGACCGCCUACGCCUUCCAGUACGACGAUGUACACGAGACACAUUGCCGCGUCUACAACAUAAUACCUUCGAUAAGUGCAAUUACUGGCGUCAGUCCGCAGCGCUACUUCUGGCGCUUCAGCAUUGCGCUCCACAUCGGGCCGCGCAUCCCCAUUGCCUUCGUCUACAAGAACUACUAUCGCUCCCAGCUGCGUCGUCUGGCUCCAGCCCAGGUCUCGCAGACGAACCUGCUGAUCACGCUGAUCCUGGUGCUCAACUGCAUCGAGAUAGCUUCUUUGGGCGGUGUUACCUAUAUAUCGAAUCGAGAGAAUUACCCCGUUCAUGAGCGCAUUUUCAUUACGUUCAUGGUGUGCUCUCUGUGCUAUAUGCUGGCCACCAUCAAGCUGAACGGUAUCCUCAACUCUGGACAGGAACUGAGUGAGCAGCAACGCCUGUCCAUCAAGUGGAAGAAGAUUCUCUUCGCUGUCUCCAUUCUGAGCACCAUUGGGCUGUUGGUGUUCUUUGCCAAACACCGUUUCUACUGUCACGAUUUGGCCUUCAGUUGGUUCGCAUUCUUCGAGUACUUGAUCGCCAUUGCCAAUAUGCUGUUCCACUUCACCAUUAUCUGGGACUUCCCCUCGCAGUUCAUGCUGAUUGUUCAAGGACCUCGCGAUAAUCUCUCCCAGUACUUGAGCAACAGGCCGAAGGUGGACUAGAGUGUCACACGUCAACCACCCACCUGGACGUAAUUUUUUUUCCCAGUGUACAGUGUGUUUGUGUUAUAUUUAUAUAUAUUUUUUUUUUAACGUAAAAUUUCCAUACGAAACGUACAACUAACGAACUUCUUCAAAUUUAAAACUAAGCGCUUCCACACCCCAUAAAAAAAGAACAGAAAUCGAAACAAAUCUUUAUACAUUUUCUUCGAUGCUCCCAACCACCCGGAUACACUACAAAAAAAAAAUUAAAUAAAAAACCAAAAACGAAAGCUAGAAACCAAAAUGUUCCAUAGUUCCAAAAAUUAUAUUAAUUAUUAAAAAAAAAAAACAUAUGUAUACAGGCAUGUACUAUAUGCAAUGGAUAUGUCAAUGUAGGAGACAUACGGUUCUAUGUACACAUUCUAAAUAAAUGAAAUAAGUUACCUACAAUCUAAGUGCACCCAGAAAAUCCAAGAAAUAAAAUAAUUAUGAAUGCCUAAUGGAUCGCAGCUCGCCAAAGAUCUCAAGUCAAUUUUGAAAUUUCGAAAAUCCGAAAAAAGUAAACUUAAAAAAGAAAAAACAGAAAAUAUCGAAAAAAACGAAAAAAUUGAAACGAAAAGCGUUUCAUUUCUUAGGCAAUUAGAAAUCGUAUUACUUACCACUUAGUACAUAUCGUUUAUACAAAAGGAAAGAGUAACAUGUUUGCGGGGAUUAUGUCGGGGUGUCGGGUCCUAUUGGCCCGAUUCCCAAUCCCAAAUACACUGUAAACAAAAUCCAGACAAUAGACAUUAAGCUGCGAAAUCGAGGGCAACGAAAUAACCAAUAGUAGUGGCACACGGAUUGGAGGUUUAGUGAUGGGUAUACAACAAUUAUACAUA